GAAAGCCACGAGACGAUGUGGAUGGGACUAGGCUUUUCCAUGCUUUUCUGGCUUCCAGGAAAUGACGAUGUAGCCCAGCGAUGCAGGAUGAAUCGGAUGAAUCGGAGAUGAUGCCAUGGCAUCCAUGGGAUCUGAUAACUCUGAGAUCAUCGAUGCUGCCUUUGCACUGGCAGAAGCUGACUGGGUACUGGUCGCCAGUGGAGCUGGCCUGAGCGCAGAUUCUGGCUUGGACACCUACGAAGGUCUGCGCGAUCAGGGUGUUGACUAUGAUAUCCUUUGUAGAGCUGAGCUGUUGUAUGACAAGCCAGCAUUGUUUCACAGCUUUUGGCUGGGCAGCCUUUUGAAAUAUCGGGGCACUGCGCCGCAUGAAGGCUUUCAGAUCUUGGAGAAUUUGCUGCGAGAAAGAGCCGAUAUGGGUCGAGUGUAUCUUUACACUAGCAACGUGGAUGGUCACCUGAGACAGCUGCAGGGUUUUCCUUUGUGUGAAAUUCAUGGCUGCUGCGAAGACUGGAUGUGUUCGUCACAUUUGGCACCGCCUCCUUCUGAAGGCCUCAGUCAACGCUGGAUCACAGUGUGUGAAGAGCAGCGCAAACUCUUGGAUGGACGAGACGCCCGUGCCGCCUGCGGUUCUCCGGAGGCAUUCAAACUUCCAUCGGAUGCGAGCUUGGACAUGUUGGUCUGCAGUUGUGGUCUUCCACUCAGACCAGCCGUUCUGAUGUUUGGGGAUGAAGACGAAGCCCUUCUUGACAUUCUGCGACAAGCAUGGGAAACCUAUCAGAGGUGGGAAGACGGGAUGGAACGAGAGCUGAAAGCUGGUGGUCGACUAGUUAUACUUGAGAUUGGUGUUGGCCACCGAGUUGAAGUAAUCCGACAGGAAUGUGAUGAAGUGCAGAAAGAUGUCGCAGCUGCAGGAGGCACAGUUACUCUGAUCCGAAUCAAUUUGGAUGAACAGAUCCUGUCGAAGCCUUUGGUCGCUGAUGGAACUGGCCGAAUUCGGAAGAUCUGCUUACAGCUGUCAUCCCUGGAGGCUUUGAAGCUCAUUGGUGAGGUCAAUACAACUACGGCCAGCCAAGUGGAAAAAAUGCAAGGGGUUUGAUUGAGAGACACACGACUGAGCAGUGCCCAACCCUCGAAAUGAUGCUGAUUCGUCGAGGGUUGUGUGCUACGACGCAUGGUGAUUAUUUGCUGCCGAUGGCUGAAAUAUGUACUCAAACGGGGUCUGGAGGUGAGGUUAAAG